GUCAUCUAUUGGAAAUCUGUCCGGAUGUCCAAAUUUACAAAAAUUCCCAAAAAUACUUAAUUGAACCACUAAAAAGGACCAAAAACCUAACAAAAUGGAUAUUAAUGAUGUUAUAGUGAAUCAGCCCGUCGUCAUUGAUAACGGUUCGGGUGUGAUAAAAGCGGGUUUCGCUGGUGAUCAAAUACCAAAAUGCCGUUUUCCGAACUAUAUCGGGCGACCAAAGCAUGUACGGGUGAUGGCAGGUGCUCUGGAAGGAGAGCUGUUUGUGGGACCGCGGGCGGAGGAGCACAGAGGGCUGCUGAGUAUCAAAUAUCCAAUGGAACAUGGUAUUGUCACAGACUGGAAUGACAUGGAGAGGGUUUGGAAUUAUAUCUACAGUAAGGACCAACUAUCCACAUUCUCCGAGGAACAUCCAGUGCUUCUUACUGAGGCCCCGAUGAAUCCCAGACGUAACCGAGAAAAGGCAGCAGAAGUAUUCUUUGAGACUUUCAACGUACCAGCUCUCUUCCUAUCAAUGCAAGCAGUACUUAGUUUAUAUGCAACAGGUCGGACGACAGGUGUGGUGCUAGACUCGGGUGAUGGUGUUACACACUCCGUGCCCAUAUACGAGGGCUUCGCGAUGCCCCACAGCAUCAUGAGGGUGGACGUAGCGGGACGAGACGUCACGCGGUACUUGAGGUUGCUCCUUCGCAAGGAAGGCGUGAAUCUCCGGACGUCUGCUGAGCUGGAGAUCGUGAAGAACAUCAAGGAGAGGGCAUGCUACCUGUCCCCCAAUCCUCUCAAGGAGGAGACGCUGGACUCGGAGAGAGCUCAGUUCACUCUGCCCGAUGGCACGCAGCUGGAGAUUGGUCCAGCAAGAUUCCGAGCACCUGAGGUGCUAUUCAGGCCAGAUCUUAUUGGAGAAGAAUGUGAAGGUCUGCACGAGGUGCUGAUGUUCGCUAUCCAGAAGUCUGACAUGGACCUGCGGAAGGUGCUGUACCAGAACAUCGUGCUGAGCGGCGGCUCCACGCUGUUCCGCGGCUUCGGUGAUCGCCUGCUGGCCGAGAUACGGCGACUCGCGCCCAAGGAUAUGAAGAUACGGAUCUCAGCGCCGCAGGAGCGGCUGUACUCGACGUGGAUCGGCGGCUCCAUCCUCGCCUCCCUCGACACCUUCCGCAAGAUGUGGGUCUCCAAGCGCGAGUACGACGAGGAGGGACACCGCGCGGUGCACCGCAAGACCUUCUAGACCCUAUGUCCUGCGGCAUAGAGGUGAAAUUACUUACAACAUUAUUAUAAACACCUAGAGACCCUAUGUCUUACGGCGUAGAGGUGAAAUUACUUAUUAACAUAAUUGAACACUUAACAUGGUCGCUUAAUAGAAAGGGCUUAUUUCUAUGGUAGAGAUAAAACGACAGAUUGACAGGAAAUCUGUCAGUUUGUCUCUAAUAUCUGUCAGUGUUUCUAUUCUUUCGCAUUUCUACUGUGGCCAUGCUAAGCUUGCUGUCUUGCGGCGUAGGGGUGAAAUUUCUUUGGCAUUCAAAGCUUAAUUUAUUUGAGGUUAUUUUAGGAUUACAAAUUUAAAAAAGUUUUGAGAUUAGGCGAGGUUACAACAAAAUGAACACCACUAAGAUGUAAAUAUUUAUAUUAUGUUGAUGAAUUUAAAAAAUGGUGAGAGAUCAAGAAACGCAUUGAGGUAUUAUGCUCUCAACAUCUAGACUGCUUAACUUAUUGACAUUGUAUUUAUUUUUAUAUAAUUAAAAAACAAUAGCUGUUAAUUCAGUUUCAUUAUUUCAUAAUAUUUUUAGGUAACCUGGCAUCUAAGCGGGCCCCCCGACGAACAGUUUUAUUGCACAAUAUCACGUAUUGCGUAAUAUUGAUCGUCUAGGGUUGAUAUUGAACAUCACGCGCCUUCAAUUUAAUUGUCAAAUAAACUGUUCAAUAAAAUUUUAGCGUGAUAUUGACAAUACAAUUGAUGAGUUAGGGGCCGGCUAAGAGCCCACUUAUUAUCAAGGUUGUUUAUUAUGAGAAGUAGACACUUCAAGUAUAAGUUACCUACAAUAAUAAUCUCUAAUAAUAACUACUACAUAAGCCCCCUUAAUAAUAAAGAUACUUACUGAUAACUAUUCAAGAUGCGUCUUUGUUUGUUAUAUUAUGACAUUUCCAAUUUAUGUCAGAGACAGACAGUGUUGAAUAGUUAUUUGCUGUGUAAUUUUUUUAUUAAUAAUAAGGGACUAGUUCAGCAAUCCCCAACCCGCGGCCC